UCUAUUGAUGUAAUUGUUUCCCUUCCCUUUCUCAUUAAUACCCACUGCCUUUGUUCCCUAAUCAGAACAAUAUUUGAUCUUCUGUCUGAAUCAGUGCAUCCCAAAUAGAUCAAUAGCUAUUCUUGUUGAUCUUAAAUAAAUGCUUAUUGCCUCUCACUUUGAAAGGCUCUUUUAUUUUGAGGUCAACAAUUAGAAAGCAGCAAGUAGCAUGAAAAAUGAAUGAAUAUUGUACUCUAGAGAGGAACUACUUCCUUAAUUCACCAAUGUUUUCUCCUUACUUCCUUAGAAAAUGGGAUUAUGCUCUUCCCAUUUGGAGAUAACUGCAUGGAAGCUUUCUAAUGUCCCUUGAUUAUUUUCUUUUCUGUAAGAGAAAGCACAUUAGAAAUCUGUCUGUCAUGUGACCCAUUUGUCACAAUUUACGAGGGGACAAGUUUACUCAUUCUCAAGGCAGACACAUUCAUUUCUGUUUUCUUGUUGACCUACCUGCUCUCAGGGGCAGUGAGUAUCCAGCUUUAACAGAGAUCCCUGCAUUUGAUUUGUUACUAUGUCUUGACCAGCCAUUGUAUUGCACCAAUACCAAUUUUCUGCUUUUGAUAAUAUACAAUAGUUAUAUUACCACUGGGAAAGCUGGCUGAUGGGUACGUGUGGAACUCCAUACUCCUUUUUGUGACUCUAAAACUAUUUCCAAAAAAACAUUUUUUUAAGAAAAUGUCUUGGGCAGGACUUCAGAUGAGAUGAAAUGGGUCUUGGAGUGGGUGGGGCUAUAGCCUCACACACCCGAUUUAUGGGGAAGAUGUUGUCAUUGAUGGCUUUUGGUUUCCUGAGUCAGUUGCAAGAAGGAAACUGUACCCCAGAUGGUGUGGAGAACCAAAGUAUCAGGGCCAAACGUCUCCCCACACAUCCUGGGACAAAGUGGGCAGUUGGAGAGCUGAGAUCACCCCAGUUUCCCUUCUUCCUUCGAACUGUAAAACUGAAGACAGAACCUUGGUCCGGGUGGAAGGGACGCUAUGAUCACAGGAUUCCUGUCUCUGCUUUGUCUCGGGCUUUGUCUGGGCUAUGAACAUGAGCAAAAGAAUGAGAAACUUCCCAAACCCUCCCUCAGCGCCUUGCCCAGAUCAGUGGUUGAACACAAUAGUAAUGUGACCCUGAAGUGCCAGUGUCACUUCCAGAAUGUGACGUUCAUGCUGGGGAAGUUGCAGGACUCUGGGUACAAGAAGGUACAGAGUUCAGCAGGACACGAUGCUGAAUUCCUCCUCAUGGAUCUGAAGCCUAAGAAUGCUGGGACAUACUUUUGUGCUUAUAAGAUAACAGGUUCCCACGAGUGGUCAGAGAAGAGCGAACAUCUGCAGCUGGUGGUCACAGAUGGCCAUGAUAGACCUGAAGCUUCCUCAGUAAAAACAAACACCAGAGUCAUUUUUGCCACCACCUUCAGCUGCCUCGUCAUCUUUCUCCUCUUCCCCUCUGUCUUCCUCAUCUACAGAUGCACUCAGCAUGGUUCAUCACAUGAAGAAUCCAAUGAGAGAACCAGCCACUCCAAAUUUCCCCAGCAAGAGGCUUCAGAUUUAUCCAAUCCGGAAAGAGUAUCCCUCUCGACUGAAGACCCCCAGGAAGGCACCUAUGCUGAUCUCACCAAGUCACCAUCUGAGGCAGCUUCUGUCCCCGCAGAGGAGCCCCCAGGGUCCUGUGAAUGUGCAAUGCUGACGGUAUAGGAGGAUGGCAGAAGCCACUGGAGGAAGGGCGUCUUCCCUGGGAAGCAGAAUAUGGAUUAAGAUGGCUGAGAUGACUGGACAUAUGGAAAUCCAGGUCACUGUGUGUCCUCAGUGCAAAAUCCAUAAUAAUAUUAACUUUUUCUCAUCUUGCUUCCACUCCUAUCAAACAUGACUAGAUGGGUCUUCCCAAAAUCUGGAAUGUGACUUUAGUAUGGUUUGACUUAAAUCAUAGGCUAAGAAUAUGUACUGUAUAUAUAUAUAU